GGGCAUGUGAAGGAGGAGUGGGUGAUUUUUCUCUGGUAGGAGUCAGGGAUGGGCUGAACCAUUGCUUUGUCCUGCCCUAAGAGAAUAUUCACUGGAGAUGAUCUUGUGGCUAAUGGUGCAGUUAACUUCCAACCUUUGAAGAGAGACCUUAUUUUCUCCUAUUAUAGUUCCUAAUCUCCCAAUACUGUGAAGAUUUAUUGCUCGUGAUUCUUUCAUUCCCUGCAUGAAAAACUAUUUGAACGUUGCACGAAAAUCUUCUGUGAAAGAAGAAAAGGAAAUUCCUUGUGUGGGUCUCAGCAGUAGAGAUGAUGCAGCAUCUUAAAAUAAUGCCGAAAAAGAAGCCCUUCUCCGCAGGCGGAGUGCCCCUGAUUCUCUUCCUGUGCCAGAUCAUUAGUGCCCUGGAUGUACCUCUUGAUCUGGUACAACCUCCAACUAUCACUCAGCAGUCACCAAAGGACUACAUUAUUGACCCUCGGGAGAAUAUUGUAAUCCAGUGUGAGGCUAAAGGGAAACCCCCUCCAAGCUUUUCCUGGACUCGUAAUGGAACUCAUUUUGACAUAGACAAAGACCCUCUGGUCACCAUGAAGCCUGGUUCUGGAACUCUCAUCAUCAACAUCAUGGGUGAAGGGAGAGCUGAGACCUACGAAGGCGUUUAUCAGUGCACAGCAAGGAAUGAGCGUGGAGCUGCCAUCUCUAACAACAUUGUUGUCCGCCCAUCCAGGUCUCCCUUGUGGACCAAAGAAAGACUCGAACCAAUAACACUUCGAAAUGGUCAGUCAUUGGUACUUCCCUGUAGACCUCCAGUUGGAUUACCACCAGCUAUAAUAUUUUGGAUGGAUAACUCCUUCCAAAGACUUCCACAGAGUGAGCGGGUUUCCCAAGGCCUGAAUGGAGACCUCUAUUUCUCCAAUGUCCUCCCAGAAGACACCCGCGAAGACUAUAUCUGCUAUGCCAGAUUUAAUCACACUCAAACCAUACAACAGAAGCAACCUAUUUCUUUGAAGGUGAUUUCAGUGGAUGAAUUGAAUGACACUAUAGCUGCUAAUUUGAGUGACACUGAGUUUUAUGGUGCUAAACCUAGUAAAGAGAGGCCACCAACAUUUCUAACUCCAGAGGGCAACGAAAGCGUCAAAGAGGAACUGAGAGGAAGCGUGCUUUCACUAGAAUGCAUUGCAGAAGGCCUACCUACUCCAAUCAUUUACUGGAUCAAAGAAGAUGGAACCCUUCCUGUUAACCGGACGUUUUAUCGGAACUUUAAGAAAACCUUGCAGAUCACCCAGGUUUCAGAAGCAGACUCGGGAAAUUAUCAGUGCAUAGCAAAAAACACAUUAGGAGCUGUCCAUCAUACCAUUUCUGUGACAGUUAAAGCGGCUCCAUACUGGAUUGUGGCACCUCAAAACCUUGUGCUAUCCCCAGGAGAGAAUGGAACCCUCAUCUGUAGAGCUAAUGGCAACCCCAAACCCAGAAUUGGCUGGUUAACAAAUGGAGUUCCAAUAGAAAUAGCCCCCGAUGACCCCAGCAGAAAAAUAGAUGGUGAUACCAUUAUUUUUUCAAAUGUUCAAGAAAGAUCAAGUGCGGUUUAUCAGUGCAAUGCCUCUAACGAAUAUGGAUAUUUGCUAGCAAAUGCCUUUGUAAAUGUGCUGGCUGAACCACCUCGAAUUCUCACAUCUGCAAACACACUGUAUCAAGUCAUUGCAAACAGACCUGCUUUGUUAGAUUGUGCUUUCUUUGGGUCUCCUAUGCCUACCAUUGAGUGGUUUAAAGGAACUAAAGGAAGCGCUCUUCAUGAAGACAUUUAUGUUUUACAUGAUAAUGGAACAUUAGAAAUUCCCGUGGCCCAGAAGGAUAGUACAGGGACCUAUACAUGUGUCGCAAGAAAUAAAUUAGGGAUGGCAAAGAAUGAAGUUCACUUGGAAAUCAAAGAUCCAACCAGGAUCAUUAAACAACCAGAAUAUGCAGUCGUGCAGAGGGGGAGCAAAGUGUCCUUUGAAUGCAAAGUGAAACAUGACCAUACGUUAAUCCCCACCAUCAUGUGGUUGAAGGACAAUGGAGAGCUGCCCAAUGACGAAAGAUUCUCCAUUGACAAGGAUCAUCUGGUGGUGACUGAUGUAGGUGAUGAUGAUGGUGGGGUCUACACAUGUGCAGCCAACACAACACUGGACAGAGUUUCCGCCAGUGCUGUGCUCAGGGUUGUUGAUGUCCCGAAUCCUCCCUUUGAUUUAGAGUUGACCAAUCAACUUGACAAAAGUGUUCAGCUGACAUGGACCCCAGGCGAUGACAACAAUAGCCCCAUUACAAAAUUCAUCAUUGAAUAUGAAGAUGCAAUGCGUGAGGCAGGGAUAUGGCACCACCAGGCGGAAGUUUCUGGAACACAGACCACAGCACAGUUGAAGCUGUCUCCGUACGUAAACUACUCCUUCCGUGUCAUGGCAGAGAACAGUAUUGGGAGGAGUGUGCCCAGCGAGGCAUCGGAGCAAUACCUGACGAAAGCUGCAGAACCAGAUCAAAAUCCCACAGCUGUGGAAGGACUAGGAACAGAGCCUGACAACUUGGUGAUUACAUGGAAGCCCUUGAAUGGUUUUGAAUCGAAUGGGCCUGGCCUCCAGUACAAAGUGAGCUGGCGCCAGAAGGAUGGUGAUGAUGAAUGGACGUCUGUGGUUGUGGCCAAUGUAUCCAAAUACAUUGUCUCUGGCACACCAACCUUUGUCCCGUACCUGAUAAAGGUUCAAGCUCUGAAUGAUGUGGGGUUUGCUCCAGAGCCAGCUGCAGUCAUGGGUCACUCUGGAGAAGACCUUCCGAUGGUGGCUCCUGGGAAUGUUCAUGUCAAUGUGGUGAACAGUACUUUGGCAGAGGUACACUGGGACCCAGUACCUCUGAAGAGUGUCCGAGGACACUUACAAGGCUACCGGAUUUACUACUGGAAGGCUCAGGGCUCAUCCAAAAGAAACAGACGCCACAUCGAGAAGAAGAUCCUCACCUUCCAGGGCAGCAAAACUCAUGGCAUGCUACCAGGGCUGCAACCUUACAGUCACUAUGAGCUCAAUGUCCGAGUGGUCAACGGGAAAGGGGAGGGCCCGGCCAGCACUGACAAAGGCUUCCAUACUCCAGAGGGAGUCCCUAGUGCUCCCUCAUCUUUGAAGAUUGUUAAUCCAACACUGGACUCUCUCACUUUGGAAUGGGACCCACCAAGCCACCCAAAUGGCAUCCUGACUGAGUACACCUUAAAAUAUCAGCCAAUUAACAGCACACAUGAACUAGGCCCUCUGGUAGAUUUAAAAAUUCCUGCAAACAAGACACGCUGGACUUUAAAAAAUUUAAAUUUCAGCACUCGGUACAAGUUUUAUUUCUAUGCACAAACAUCAGUAGGAUCCGGCAGUCAGAUUACAGAGGAAGCAAUAACCACUGUGGAUGAAGCGAUGGCAAGCCGACAAGUGGAUAUCGCGACCCAGGGCUGGUUCAUAGGUCUAAUGUGUGCUGUCGCCCUCCUCAUCUUAAUUCUGCUGAUCGUUUGCUUCAUUAGAAGAAACAAGGGUGGUAAAUAUCCAGUUAAAGAAAAGGAAGAUGCUCAUGCGGACCCUGAAAUCCAGCCCAUGAAGGAAGAUGAUGGAACGUUUGGAGAAUACAGCGAUGCAGAAGAUCACAAGCCUUUGAAAAAAGGAAGCCGAACACCUUCAGACAGGACUGUGAAAAAGGAAGAUAGUGAUGAUAGCCUGGUUGACUAUGGAGAGGGGGUGAAUGGCCAAUUCAAUGAGGAUGGCUCCUUUAUCGGACAAUACAGUGGUAAGAAAGAGAAAGAACCAGCCGAGGGAAAUGAGAGCUCAGAGGCCCCUUCACCUGUCAACGCCAUGAACUCCUUUGUUUAAGUCGUUAAGCUCUUCGUCAAUGUCCCAUUUCUCUGGAAGGUUUCUGCUGAGCACUUCUCAUCCCUCUCAUUCCAUGGGCAUAUGGGUAGAAAGGAUGUUUUCUGCUGUAUGUGAAUAUUAUGGGAACAAAGCAAGAACUUAACUCAGUCAAACGAUACGUUGAUAUGAACUGGGGUGCAAAGUGCGUCCUUUUUUUUUUGUUCGGAGUGGGUUUUCUCAAUUUCCUUGGAACUGAUUAAAAAAAAAAAGUUCAACAUCAUCAAUAGAUCACAUUAUUCCCUGUGUGGGAUACAGUUCAAUAAGAUGCAUGAAACACACUGCACAGAGGACACAGCUGUGUAUGUGAUUGCGCUGUGGUCAAGUACUUUGUUGACACUAUUCUCCUCAGCUGAACCCUAAAUCUGAAUUCCGUUGUGAUUGUGGGGAGUGUUACCGUAGUGUUUUCUAGGGCUUCAGUGUCUCUGUGGACAUUGUUGUGAAACUCGUGACUAUGUCUAGCUCUUGUUAGUCUUUUCGGGAGACUGCUAGGAACAGUAUGUACAGUAUAUACUUGCUACAUGAGUUAAUUAUGGCAGGUGCAUCCGCGAAUGCUCACUGAGACUGUCAUCUGUUCUUUGCUCCUGUUACUUCCUAGGCUUCUUAACCCUCCAGGGUACAGCAGCAGUGUUCCACUUCUUAUUCUAUUUCUGUGUUCAGUUGUUCGGGGCAUAAACAUUGCAUUUUUGUGACACCUUCCGGUGUUUGUGCCAUAGGGAAAGAAUGGAAGACAAAACCCUCAAGUUAGAUUUCAAAUUUUAGUCUGGAAAAUGCAGGGCAAGACACAUGCAGUGCCUUCAGACAAUAAGUAUCCCCUGACUCCUGCACUGGAUAUCAGCCAGUCUGGGCCACUCCAUCCUCUGUUACUGCUGUUGUUGGAAAGUAACUUUUAAAAGGCUGAGUGUAUUUGAAGGGGCUUUCCCCCAUAAAUAUCAAAAGCAAAGAAAAGCUUUGUCAUCGGCUGGAGCACAUAAUGGUUUAGUGGUCUUUUGUGGUUUCUAGCCAAACAAGUCAUGUUGAAAAAGAAAAAUGCUGUGGUUGGAAAUUGAUGGAAAAACAAAAGAUUGUAGAACUAAAAGCAGACAGCAGCAUGUGAAUAGUGAGACUCUAUUCACUAUACCUAUAUGAGCUUUCAAACUGCAGCAUCCAGCAAUGUGUAUACAAAUUGCAACAGGCACACUCCAGAAUCUGCAAAAUCUGGCAAGUGCUUAAUUAGGCCAGCAUCAAAAAGAUUAUACCUGCAGUCUAAGGAAUAAAUAAAUAUAUAUACUAUAUUGGUCAUAAACAAUGUGUAUGAAAUGGCUUACCUCCAAUAUAAAACUCUAUGACAACCUAUGGUUGA